AUGUUCUUAAGGAACAGGUUCCAAGUUCAGAUUCCUGGUUUAGGGAAGGAAGACUUUGUUCCUCCGGAAAAUGUUUUUAUGGAAGAUUCCAAUUUCAGAUUCCGGGUUUUAGGGUUGGCGUUCCUAAGGAACAGGUUCCAAAGUUCAGAUUCCGGGUUUAGGGAAGAAGACUUUGUUCCCAAGGAAGAGGUUCGAAGUUCAGAUUGCGGGUUUAGGGAAGAAGACUUUGUUCCCAAGGAAGAGGUUCGAAGUUCAGAUUCCGAGUUGAGGGAGGGAAGACUUUGUUCCUAA